AGUACCAGGCUAUCACACAGCCAGCUGGAGAGCAUCUCCGGACUCAUUUACUUGGUAGUUUAGUUUGCAUUAAACCUGAAUAGACUGCUCGCAAAGAAGUAUAAUGCUGAGCGCCCCGCACGGCAAGCGUUGUGUUGAGUAUUGAGUGAAUUUCGAAAUCGUGAAACUUCAGAAUGCCACCGAAAACUGCAAGCGGGAACGCAACCAAGAAGGCUGGAAAGGCACAGAAGAACAUCCACAUCAACACUACCGACAAGAAGAAGAGGCGCAAGGUCAGGAAGGAGAGCUAUGCCAUCUAUAUCUACAAAGUUCUGAAGCAAGUCCACCCGGACACUGGUGUCUCCUCCAAGGCGAUGAGCAUCAUGAACAGCUUUGUAAACGAUAUCUUCGAGCGCAUUGCCUCGGAAGCCUCUCGUUUGGGUCACUACAACAAAAAGUCCACCAUCACAAGUCGGGAAAUCCAAACGGCUGUGCGGCUACUUCUGCCGGGAGAGCUGGCCAAGCACGCCGUCAGUGAGGGAACCAAGGCCGUCACGAAGUACACCAGCUCUAAGUAAAUGCUCUUCACUGCAGCAAUAUACGAAUGUGCGAGUAAUUAAGCUCUUGGCAGGGCCCUAAAUGUUUGUCAUAAAGAAAUAGAAUUUAACAUACUAAUAAAUUUAUUUUGUAUCUUGAA